GCUUCUCUCCUUGAUUAGUUUCCAUCAGUUGCUUCUUGUCCUGCCUUCAGGCGCUUUGGAGCAUAGCUUGAGUUGUGUAACAAGCUGAAGGGUUAACUCUUAUUUUCUCAACAUGGUUACAGUUUCAAACCCUUUUGUUCUGAAGCUUUCUCACCUAACAGUUGCCAUCUUGGCAAUAACCUUUUGCUGCGGCUGUUUCCCUCCUUCCCCAUCAGCUGCCACAAUCUUCUGAUCCACCCAUUUAUGUCCUGGGUUUGCCUCAUUCCUGGCUGUUCUGCCCAGCUCUUUCACUAACCCCCUCCCUCCUCCCAACCUGGAUGCAGUAGUGUUAACGCAGUGGGGUGAAAAAAUGCUGAUUCAGCUUUGCUAGCAUGCUGAUCGUUUGCAGAGGGGGGAAAAAAAUGCUGCAUUACCAGUGCUACACAGAAGGAAGAGGCAAGCGGCAAUUUUCAGCUCCUGAACUCUUCCCCUCUCCGCCGAAAACUGAGGCAGGAGAAAGGCCUAUAAGAAUUUGAGCCUGGAGGAAGAGUCGGGGACAGCCGUUCGAAAUAGAGAAGAACAUUUCAGCCACAAGGCAGGUCUGACACGUUGAGGGGUUUCCCCACCCUGCAACUGGGCUGUGAGAAUCACCUUGAGGAAGAGGAGGAAGAGACGCAGCCAAGGCAGCGGUGAGGCUGAAAUAGAGGCAAUUCUACCUGGAAAACCUGUGCAGGCUGUCUUUGAAUUGACCAACAUGGCUUCGGUACGAGAAGUAUCCAGUUUCACCGAAGACUUGCUGUGCCCCAUUUGCCUCUCCCUCUUUCGGGACCCCCACAUGCUGGAGUGCGGCCACAGCUUCUGUGCUCCCUGCCUGGAGCCCUGCAUCCCCAAGGGGCAAAGACGCGGGCUCUGCCCUGAGUGCCGACGUCCCUUCGCUUUGCGCCGCAUGACCAUCAACCGAGCUCUUUGCAGCUUGUCCGAGAAGGCCCGGCUCCUGAAGCUGGAUGAAGGGGCUCAUCUGAGUGGCACCGGCAGCUGGUACUUCUGUGAGGAACACGAGGAGCCCCUCAAGCUCUUCUGCAGCCAAGAUGAGGAGCCUGUCUGCGUCAUCUGCCGGGACUUGCCUCAGCACCGGGGACAUGACUUCCUGCCCAUCAAAAACGCGGUUCAGACCUAUCAGGACCAGCUGAAAGCAUCUCUGGAGCCUCUUGAGGAAGAUCUCAGACGGUUGAAACUGAGUCAGUGUCACCAGCAGGAGAACAUUAUCGAAUUAAAGACCUGUUCUGAAUCCUUGUCUGAUCAUGUUUCUGGAGAGUUUGUGAAGAUGCACCAGCUGCUGAACGACAGGGAGCUGGCUAUAAAGCAGGCCUUAGAAAACCAGCGAGAAAAGAACUUGGCUCAGAUGGAAACCAAGUUAAAGGAACUGGACUGGAAGAUGGCCUCAUGUUCAGAAACUCUGUGUCGCGUACAGGCCGGCCUUGAGUGCAAAGAUCACAUAAGUUUCCUUAAGGAGGCAAAAGAGUUGCUAGAGAGGGUCCGUAAGGAACAAGGAGCUCAUGAUGAACCUGAACUAGAUGCCGAAUUCAUAGGAGAAGAUGGGCUGGGGGCCAGCACUGAAGACACAGAUGAGUGUGAGAAUGAGAUUGAUGAAGGGUUGAUGAGAGAGGAUGAAGACGAUGAUGAGGAAGAAGAGGAAGAAGAAGAAGAGGAGGAAGAGGAGGAGGAGGAGGAAGAAGAAGAGGAUGAACAAGAGGAAGAACAAGAGACUGCAGCAGGAGAAGAGGAGAAGGAAGAGGAUGAAGAUGGAGUGGUGGCUGUAGACUUGAACCUGGGCGAGUUUAAAGGACCUCUGCAAUUCUACGCCUGGAAGCAGCUCCUGGGUGCGGUCCAUCCAGUCCCUUCAAGCAUCACUUUGGACUGCAAUUCGGCUCAUCCCAGCCUGGUCCUCGUGGAAGAAGCCACCGGAGUCAAGUUCAGUCCCGGCCGACGCUUUUGGCGACGAAAGCCAGAGCGCUUCACCUCGAGCCUGUGUGUGGUGGGACGGAAAGGCAUUACCACCGGGCGCUUCUACUGGGAGAUCCGAGUCGGGGACAGCACCGGUUGGGUGGUGGGGACGGCCAAAAAGUCUGUGAAGCGCAAGAAGAGGCUGAACUUUCUACCCAAGGAAGGCGUGUGGGCCAUUGAGCUGAAGGCUGGAGAGUACCAAGCUUUGAGUGAACCCCGUACGCCCCUCUCAGUCUGCGGGAGGAUGGAAAAAGUUGGGGUCUACCUGGAUUUUGAAGGGGGGCAGCUCUCUUUUUACAAUAGCAGCAGCAUGACCCAUCUGUACACCUUCCAAGAAUGCUUCCAUGAAGAGCUGCUCCCCUUUCUCAGCACCCAAAGCAGCUACCCCCUCUCAGUGUGGGAUCUGGAGCUCUGA